AUGCGACGGCUGGAGUUUCUGCCGAACUCGCCGACGUUGAUGAAUGCUGGGCGUGAACUGCAGCAGCUGUCGGCGUGCUUUGUGCUCCCGGUCGAGGAUUCGCUGGAUUCCAUCUUCACCAAGGUGAAGGAGACGGCGCUGAUCCACAAGAGCGGCGGCGGCACGGGCUUUGCCUUUUCGCGACUGCGCCCGGAGGGGGACGUCGUGGGGUCGACCGGAGGCGUGGCGUCGGGCCCGGUGAGCUUCAUCAACGCCUUCGAUGCCGCCACCGACGUGGUCAAACAGGGCGGCACCCGCCGGGGCGCGAACAUGGGCAUCCUGCAUGUUACGCACCCGGACGUGUUGUCGUUCAUCAGGUCCAAAGAGGACGGAACGCGUCUCAGCAACUUCAAUAUCUCCGUUGCGGUUACGGAAGAUUUCAUGGUGAAGGCGGAAAACGGCGAGGACUAUGAUCUCGUCAACCCGCGCACCGGGGACGUGGUCGGGAGUCUCAACGCCGGCGAAGUGUUCCGACAAAUGACGGAGCUGGCCUGGCGCACCGGCGACCCGGGUAUCGUGUUCCUGGACCGCAUCAAUCGCGACAACCCGAACCCGCAGCUGGGAGACAUCGAGUCGACCAAUCCGUGCGGCGAGCAGCCGCUGCUGCCAUACGAAUCCUGCAACCUGGGUUCGCUGAACCUGGCAAGGAUGGUGCGUUACACGGACGAUGACGUGCUGGUUGACUGGGAACGGAUGAGUGAAGUCAUCACGACCGCGGUGCACAUGCUGGACUGCGUGAUCGACAUGAACGACUAUCCCAUCCAGGAGAUAGCCGACAUGAGCCGGCGGACCAGGCGCAUCGGGUUGGGCGUCAUGGGAUGGUCGGACCUGCUGAUCCAAAUGGGCGUGCGCUACGACAGCGUGGAAGCCCUGGAAUUGGCGCGUGACGUCAUGAAAUUCAUCCAGGACGAGACCUACCGGGCAUCGUGCGAACUGGCCGAGUCCCGGGGCCCGUUCCCGGAGUGGGAAAACAGCGCCUACAACGAGGGACCGACUUCGACGCCGAUGCGUAACUCGGCUCCGGUGACGAUCGCGCCCACCGGAACGAUCAGCAUCAUCGCCGGGGCUUCCAGCGGGAUCGAGCCAUUGUUUGCCUUGUCCUUCGUCCGCAACGUGAUGGACAACACGCGACUGGUAGAGGGCAACGCCUACCUGGAAGCCGUGGCACGCCACGAAGGGUUCUACUCGCCGGAACUGAUGGAACAGCUGGCCAGCGUCGGAUCUCUGGACGAUUUGGACGUGCCCGACUGGGUCAAGAACGUUGUUCCGGGUAUCCCACGACAUCGACCCCCGGUGGCACGUGCGGAUGCAAGCGUCCUUCCAGGAAUACACGGACAACGCGGUAUCCAAGACGAUCAACUUCCCUCACGACGCGGCGGUGGAAGACGUGGCGGAAGCCUACCGUUCCGCCUAUACCCUGGGGUGCAAGGGAAUCACGGUGUACCGCGACGGCAGCAAGGCGGAGCAGGUGUUGAGCACCGGCAACGCCGCGCAGCAAUCUGA